GACAUCACAACCACACGAGCCGCGAGCCGAAAUGAGCUUCUUCAGUCGCCGCCCAACAGGCCCCUCCGCCUCGUCUUUGAUCUCCUUCUACGAAGGCACAGGCCGUGAUCACCGAGGAAGAAGGUUGUCCCAGAUUCUGCAGUGGAGUGCCGACAGACUCGAGUCAUCUCACGACUACAUCCAGACUCUGUUCCCUCUGCCAGAGGAAUCGGGAGUCAACUGGGACGCGCCAAUCAUCGACCGCCAAGUCUUCGAAGCCUUUCGUUCUCGUAUGGAGCUAAGAGGACGAUUGCGAGAUUCUUUCCAGAAGAUACUUUGGUUCUACGGGUUCAAGUUAAGCUACGAGAAUGGAGAGGUCAAGGUCGGCAAAGGAGACAAUUAUGAUGAGCAUUCCGAGAAUUGGGACACCAGAUUCGAUCACAACCACCUCCGAAUUACCAGAAUCAUCCGCUGCCUCCGUGUGCUCGGUUUUGAAGAUGAAGCAAAGGCGUUUCACAAGACUCUCGAAGCAACGACGAUGAAAGUCAGUUAUCGAUCACGUGAAUUCUGGCGAAGAGCUGCGGAGAGGGCUCUGAACUUGCGUCCGGAUCUGGAUAUAUAUGAUGAAGAUGAUACGACCAUUGGACCAGAUUUCUUGCGCGAGUUUGAGAUUGCGAGGCAGGCAAAAUUGGCGGCAGCAGGCAAGCGAACGGAUCCACAAGAUGGAGCUGGAUCGCAAGUUGUCGAUGAACGGGAAGGGGAGAAGGAGGAGAAGAAAGGAUUGUUCGACGAUUCCGAGGAUGAAGAAGCUCCUAAUGAGCGUGAGCAAUCGGGAUUGCAAGCUGCCGAUGAACGCCAUGAGGUGCAGGAGUGGAAAGGGUUUGCAGAUGACGAAAAUACUUCUGGCAAGCCAGAUCAAUCCGGACUGGAGAACUUGAAGGACAAUGAGGCUGUAGAGGAGGUGAAGAAAGAUUUAAGGAGAACGGACAAUACUGCCACUGCUCCAAAUUAGUCGGUUCUGGAGAGUAUGCAGGGCAUUAAAGGCAAUAAGAUCACCAACAACAUGAAGGACGAGGAUUUGACAUCCUGGAGAGGGCAUAGGGCGCACAACCAAGCGGAUCCUGACUUGGGCGUGGGCAUUGACACCACGCGGAGAUACUUUAUUCGGGAACGAUACCCAUGGCUGCUUCGCUUACAGAGACUAAAUAGAAUUUGCACUUCUUCUCCCGCCCUCCGCAAACGGUGUCGGAGAGUUUUAUUCUGCUGUCC